GAAUUAAAGAGAGCAAAUAACUUGUACAGUGAUCAAGACUUCUAUGCAUUAAAGACUAUCAAAAUCCCAGUUCAACAACAUGGUUUGUUGACAGAAACUGCCGAUAAGAAGCGAAGGCCUCCACCUUUAAUAUUACCUGACAAAAGGCCAUCUUCAUCAGCAGAUAUUGAUAGUGAUGAUGAUAAUUCAGAUUAUGAUGAACCUAGUGCAGAUUUUGUCAGAACUGUCAGUAUUCGCUCGGCACUUGACUCCCCAAACAGCUUUUUACAACACAUGGACAAUGACCUCAAAAUGAUUUGCAAAUCCAUACCCUUGCGGAAGCAGAAUCUUGAUGAGGUUGCAAGGACGUUGACGGUUAAUUGCAUAAAUCCUAUAAAACUUAGAAAACAACAACAGGAGAAAGGCCUUGGAACUGCUUGUGGUGUUGGAUGGAAGGGAAUUAUAGUUGUUGUAUUUUUUGUUGGCAUAUUGCUGCCAGGACUUGUAGCUUUUUUAUAUCUUAGAAAGAAAGACAGCUAA